AUGGAGCACCCUUCUGAGACUAUGACAUCUACAAGGAUUCUGAUCAACAAUAAAGAAAUAGAUCAAGAAAAAGGACUAAGGAAAUUCACAAAAUGGAUAAACGAUUUUUUCAAAAAUUCACCUACACAGAGUUCAACAAGUGAUGCUUUUCCUUAUAACAACAAGAUUCUUAGGAACACAUUUUGGUCUUCUCAAAUAAUUUACACAAGGAUAAUUCUGCUGGCUUGCUUUUUCUCUUUCGUUGUAUCAUGGAAACAGUAUGUACUUACCACACCUUUAUGUCUUUUCCGUUUAUUCUACCUUGCAUGGUGGAAUGGACCAAAACGUGCAUCGGUCCUUUUUUAUCGCACCGUUUCUACCGCACCUUUUUUACUGCCCCUUUUUUACCGCACCUUUUUUACUGCCCCUUUUUUACGGCUUCCCUCUCUCUCCCUCUCAGGCAUGGCGCUUAGCAUGGGUGCCCUGUUGCUGAACCAAAUCAACGUCCUAACCUUGCUUCCAAUUUACAUAAUAUUGCAAUCGAUUUACAGCAUCGGGAAUAUAUGGUUCAAUUAUGUCUUUGAAAUAGAAUUACUGGAGUUGUUUUUUUUGACCUUAUUUUUAGUGCCGCUAUGGAAUAAUCACCUGAAGCGCAGAUAUUCAAGUAGCUGUUUUAUAAAAUACACAUGUCGAUUCUUUGUUUUCAAAGUGUUACUAGGAACAGGUUUAAUCCGUUUUAAGAAUAGUGAAUUAUGGGGGAAAUUGGAGGGAAAAUAUUACCUAUAUGAAACACAACCAUUACCAUCAAUUAUAGGAUACUUUUUACAUACAAAUAUGAUAGUAAGUAAAAUGGACAAUUUAUUUUGUAUACUAACAGAAUGUGUAUUUUCAUUUUUUCUUUUAUUUCCUAUAAGGUCGUUCAGAAUAAUAGGUGGUAGUUUCAUACUGAUAUACUGCAUAUUAAAUUUCUUAAUGGGGAAUUCUUAUUUAUUUUAUUUUUUACUACUUGCCCCAUUGGCCUUUUGUUUUGAUGAUGAAAUUUUAUUGCCAUUUUUUUGUAAAUACAAAAGGAAUGAAAUUUUGAGUGUCAUACGAGACAAAGAAACGCAACUGAAUCAGAAUAAACAAUACUUUCGAAGUUUCGAUGUGUUAUAUUGCACUGGUUUAAAUAUAGAGGAAGUUAAUAAGAUACGAGAAGCAUACUUCAGCAUUGACUCAGUGCCGAAUGAUGAUUGGAAUGGGAACAAUUGGAAUGGGAACAAUUGGAAUGGAACAAUGUCCUCAUCAAAUAGAUCCGUGCCACCUAAUGAAGAGGGAUACCUCUUAUCUAGAGAUAAAUCAAUUCAUGAAACAAAAUUUUUCAAAAAUGAAAAUAAAUUUGAGAGUAUAAAGAACGAUUUGUUUAAUGCACUACAUUGGAUUUUUUCUCAAAAGGGGCUUAAAUACAUUAUGACAAAUUAUAACAUCCCGACAGAAGUAACUGUUCAUGCAAUGUGUAUGGCUCUGAUGAUUAUGUAUAACAGUUGUAUGUUUAUUACUUAUUCGUCUAGUUUUUCUAUUUCUUUAUUUUUUUUAUACUUAAUUCUUUUUAUUGUGUAUCUAAUAUAUCUGUUUUUUUUUACGGUGAAUAUAUUCCCUCUUUUUAUUGGUCAGAUGGGUUUACUCAUUUCUGUUAUAUUCAUAUAUACAAAUAAAAUAUUUUUUUUAGGUUUUUCUGACAUAUAUUACACGACCUUGUUUUGUAUGCAUCUUUUUGGAUUAUUAGUUUUAUCCCUUUUUUAUUUAAGCAAUAAAAGAUUCAUCACCAAGUUCACAUCCCAGUACUUUUAUUUUGUUUUUUUCAUCUAUUUUGUAUGCUUCUUUAUGCAAAAUAUUUUGUCACCUCAGCAAAUUAUGAAUGCAGAAUAUGGAAAUUUCCAGAUAAUGAAUGUCUAUGGCUCUUUUGGAAAAAUAAGGAAUGUCAGACAAGAGAUCAUAGUGAAAGCGAGUGCAUCUAAUAUUUCCAUUUCAUCCAAACAGAAGAGAAGUGGAGAGAAGGACAAGACGAAGAAGAAUUAUGAUGAAGAAUGGAAUAAUUACCAAUUCAAUUGCAAACCAGAUAAUGUGUAUAAACCAUUAUGUACUCAAUUCCGCUUUCUAUUUAGUUUUUUACCGGUUCUAUAUGUAGAUAGACUCGAUUGGCAAUUUAAUAACUUAAGUGACUUUGGGGAUGAUGAAGAUGUUUUGCAAACCCAAUGGUUUCAACGAUUCUUAACAAAACUGUCAUUUAACGAUAAAAAUAUACUUUCUCUCUUAUAUAGAACUCCUUCUUUUGUCGAUGCAUCUAAUGAGGAAAACACCAAUUCAUCCACUCCUGUCUAUCUUACAGUAUCUAGUGCUGUCUAUAAAUUUUCUUCUCCAUCAGAAAAAGAUACCUGGUGGGAUGUCGUCUCCUCUAGGGUUAUACUAGAUCAAUGGCAUCCUCUUUCGACAGAAAACAAGUUAUAUCACAAGCAAAGUAGGUAUAACGACAGAGAUAAUUUUGAUGAUCAUGGUGAAUCAACAGAUUAUAACGAUGAGAGAAUUAAUUUUCUCCGUUAUAAUAGCAGUUAUCAUCAUUUCCCUAAUGCGGUUCACACUUUACCAAUCCCAGCUAGCCAAAAUGCUCUCAGAGGAAGUGGAACAGAAAAGCUAGUAGAAGCAGUUCAAGGAGGGGAUUACACAUUUAAGGGCAAAAGAAACUCUCUUGCUAAGAGGCAAAGAUUUCUUAACCAAGGAAAAUUACAGGACGAGAAAAAACAAAUGGAGAGGGUAAAAAAUGAACAUUCGUUGGAGAAGCAAGACGAGAUGGAGAAACUGAAGACAUUGCACGAAAAGAUCGCUAUGCAGAAAAAUAAAAAACAUAUCAAAGAGAAAAAAAAAUUUUUUAAAAACAAAAAAAUACAAGAAUUGCAGAUGCAGGAGCUUGAUAUGCGAGAUUUUCAUGAGAACGAAAAUAAACAAUACGAAAUAGAUUUAUGGCAGGGGGUGGAAAAGCAAGUGCUAAAUUAUCCAAAAUCAUUAGAAGAUAUAGGAGAGACGAUAGAUGAUGAGCAUGAACAAUUAAAAGAAGAAGAUGGUGGGGAAGACCAGAAAAAAAACGGGGCGAGAGAGGGAAGUGUAGCCAUGUAUGAUGAAUCUUCCAAAUUGCAAAAGUUGAAGGGGCACGAAGAAAUAACCGGUGCGUACAAUGCUACCGAAAAUGUAUUUGAAUGGAUCCAGAAAAUGGGAAAAGAGCAAAAAUGGCUAGCUGAAGAAGCGACAACAGAUGAAAAUCUAGCCGAUGAAGAGCUAACCGAUGAAGUGAUAACAGACGAGCCGCUUAUCGACAAAAAUGAUUACAAAAUUAAUAAUGAUGAAACAGAAUGGGGGAAAGACACAAAAAAGAAGAUGCUGAAGAAAAGCAAAGAAAAUGUUAACAAUGUGACUAGAGAACCUUUUUAUAAGUCUAAAAAAUUUUCAGUGAACGAAAACGUAAAGAGAAAAUUGGAUGAAGCUAUUAAAAAUGCACACACAAAAUAUGGGCUAUUACAAAAAUUUUCAAAUAAAAUUAAAAAGUUAGGAUUUUUUAAUGGUGAUCAGGGCAGAAGUAGGUAUGCAGAAGUUAAGGAGUUAAACGCAAAAAAAUAA